GAAGCUGUGUGAGCUGGUGAUGGUGCAGCUUGCCCUGUGGGGACGCCUGUGGCGCGAAGCCCUGGGGGGCUCGGCAGUGCCUGGACGGUGGGCACAAGGCCGCAGGCCCACCAUCGUCACCAUGCUGGGGAUCCUCGUGGUGCUCUGCCUCAUCCCUGCUGCAGAUGUAACAGAAAACAAGAUUCUAGUGGCUCAGCGUCCUUUGCUCAUUGUAGCCAACAGAACAGCAACUCUAGUCUGCAACUACACAUACAAUGGAACAGGGAAAGAAUUUCGAGCCUCGCUGCACAAAGGAACAGACAGUGCAGUCGAAGUCUGCUUUAUUUCAUGGAACAUGACCAAAAUUAACAGUAAUUCAAAUAAGGAAUUCAACUGUCGGGGGAUUCAUGAUAAGGACAAAGUAAUCUUCAAUCUUUGGAAUAUGAGUGCCAGCCAAACUGACAUCUACUUCUGCAAAAUCGAGGCCAUGUAUCCACCUCCAUAUGUCUAUAAUGAGAAGAGCAAUGGGACUGUCAUUCAUGUCAGAGAGACACCCAUCCAAACACAAGAACCUGAAUCUGCAACUUCUUACUGGGUCAUGGUGGCAGUGACGGGACUUCUUGGUUUCUACAGUAUGCUUAUAACUGCAGUCUUUAUAAUCUACCGGCAAAAAUCCAAGAGGAACAGGUACCGUCAGAGUGACUACAUGAAUAUGACCCCCAGGCAUCCACCUCACCAGAAGAACAAGGGCUACCCAUCCUAUGCACCAACACGAGACUACACUGCAUAUCGCUCCUGGCAGCCAUGAUACCCAGCAGCCGAACACCACUAUCCUGGUGUGCUUCUAGGCAGUCACCUGCUCUUGGAAUGGAAGGACAGCCUGUCAUUUCCUCAUUGUGUUUGUUACUAUUGACCAUGGAUAUCUACACCACAGCAAGUAUUGGCUAAACUUCAAUAUUACUCAAAGAUAAAAGAUAAAAAUGAACAUUAAAAAGGGGGGAAAUGAAAAAAAAAAGGGAUCGUUUUCCAUGAUGGCUGAAAAUGUGGUGUAACUUGUGUUGAGGGUUGUCAGUGAGUGAGAGAGAAGGAUGGCACUGGACCUCAGAGCUGGUCUCUUCCUAAUGUGUGUGGGUUUUUUUGAGCUGCUGGGAGAACCUGAACCAGAACCAGAACUUCUGACCUUUCCCAACCACUGCUGCCUUAGUCUUAGCCUGUCAUUUCUUUUCCUGUAUGUCCAAUCCUCAGAAACUAUUGUUGCUGUGAAAUAUGGAAAAAUGAAAAAAAGA